CAAAAGAGUGAGAGAGUGAGAUGCUUAUCAGUGGAAAGGUGGAGUCUGUUUGUCAUUCCUUCACUUGCUUCAGUCCCUUGCAACUCCUGUUGUCACAGCUUGGACAGAAUGUCACAGACGACGUACACCACCUGGGGCACUCCAGAUAGCCACUGCCAACUAAAGUUAGUCGACUUUAAGGCUAAAGAAAACCUCAUUUCCCAUGAGACACAGGGGCUCAGCAAUCAGCACCUGGUGGUGCGACGUGGGAAACCCUUCAAACUGACCCUGCUGUUUCGCAACCAGUCAUUGAACCCUCGCACCGAGAGGCUGGUGCUGGAGGUUUCACUAGGCCAUCUGUCCGAGAGCUUCCCAGUCCAGUUCUCUGACAAGCGAUCCGACCCGCAAAGCUGGUCAGCCAAAAUCUACCCAGGCGACAUCCAUCCUCAGUCAGUCACCAUCCACAUCUGCUCCCCUGUUCUAUCCGCAGUGGCACUGUAUAACCUUGUGGUCCACAUAGAGACCGUACAGAACAGAAGGAGCUAUGCAGUGGGAUCAUUUGUGCUGCUUUGCAACCCUUGGCUAAAAGAUGAUCCAGUGUACAUGCCACUGGAUGCCCAAAUUAAAGAGUAUGUCAAGAGUGAUUACGGGGUGGUUUUUAUGGGCACCCAUCUAAAUGUGAGAAAGCGGCCCUGGUCCUUUGGUCAGUAUGAGCCUGGGGUCUUAGAGGCAUGUCUGACGCUCCUACAGGUCAGCCCACAGCACCUCAGGAACAAAGACAAUGACUUCAGUCUUCGGGCAGACCCUGUUUACCUCAGCAGGGUGAUCUGUGCUAUGGUAAACUGUAAUGAUGACCUGGGUAUCUUGGAGGGGAAGUGGCAGGGCAGCUACAGAGAUGGUUUCGAGCCUACCGAGUGGAGCGGUAGCGCCGACAUCCUUCACCAAUGGGUGUCGUCCAACUACAGCCCCGUGCGCUAUGGACAGUGCUGGGUCUUUGCAUCUGUCCUCUGCACAGUGAUGAGAGUGCUGGGAAUUCCCUCCAGGGUGGUGACGGUUUUUAAUGCAGCCCAUGAUGGAGACGGCAACCUAAACAUUGAAGAAUGUUACUCCAGCACAGGAGAAAAGCUCAACUUCAACAACAAGGACAGCAUUUGGAACUUCCAUGUGUGGGUGGAGUGCUGGAUGAGGAGACCAGACCUCGGUGCAGGGUUUGAUGGCUGGCAGGUAGUGGACCCGACCCCCCAGGAGACAAGUGGAGGGAUAUUCUGCUGUGGCCCCUGCCCAGUAGCUGCCAUCCAGCAACAUUGCCUCCGCGUCCCUUAUGACACCUCGUUCGUCUAUGCCUCUGUUGGCGCUAACGUCACACGGAUGAUUGUGCGCAAUGGACUGGUGGUGGAGAGGAAGGUGGACACUGAAUGCGUGGGAAAGCUGAUCUACACGAAGAGCAUUGGCUCUGACAGUCCAGAGAAUCUGACGCAGACUUAUAAGAGCAAGAACACUGAGGCCACUUGUGCAGCUUCUCCUUUGCAGUCCACUGUAUUGGUAAAUGGAAAAGUCAGGUAUACUGGGUAUACUACUCCUCUGUCCAGACAUGUGGUUGGUGAAGCACGAGGAAUGUCAACCGGUUUGGAGGUAUCCCUAAGGAUAGAUGGGGUGCCAUCAGUGGGGGAGAGCAUCGUUGUGUGCGUGACGGUCAAAAACCAGUCAAGCAGCCCCAGGGUCCUGAUGGAACACCUCAAUGCUCAGCUUAAGGAGUACAACAGCCACCCACAGGAGAGCUUCUGGAAAACACACAAUGAAGUGCACAUAAAGCCGGGUGAAGUUCUGCUGCUCCACCACGCCAUUCUCCCCUCUGAGUACGAGUCAGUCCUGGCAGCGGAUGACAUUGUGAACAUGGCAGUGGUGAUAAAGGACGUGAGGACCGAAGAAAGAGCACUGGCGAUGCAGGAGUUCAAUUUAAGAUCUCUAAAGAUAACCAUAGAGAUCAAAGGAGGGGACAGCAUCCAGAUAAAGAAGGAGCACAAAGCCCAGGUGUCCUUUAUCAACAAACUUUCCAAAACUCUGCAUGGAGUUGUGCUGACUGUAGAGGGAUCUGGCUUGUUACAAGGCAAACAAGAAGUCAGAAUGAUUUCCCUGCAGCCAGAGGAGAAGAUAGAGAAGACAGUGUCCAUCAUGGCAACUUCACCUGGCACUAAACUGCUGAUGGCCACUUUAUCACACAGCCACCGCGCAAAUAUGGUUUCCAGGAGCUUCCACAAAGUCCCUGUUAUUACUGCAUGACACUGAAGAGUCUGUCCACCUAAGAAGACAACAAAAAAGGAAUUCCUUUGCACUGUGACAUGCAGGAAAUACGCUUUUUCAUUCUUUCAAUAUUGUAGUUUGGUAUUUGUUUAUGAGAACACAUCUCCGGAAAAGAUUACAUAUUUGUGUUUUUUGGGGAAGUCUACACAUGCGGUCUCUAUUCAGCGAUCCAUUUAAAAGAAUGUAUACACUUUGAAUACAAUAUUACACUUAUACUUGCUGCAUAUUAUACUAUAUAUAAAACAUAUGAUACAUCUCUGUUAGAUGAGGUUAAAAAGCGCUGGAAAUGAUAGUAACGAUAGGGGUAAAUUUUUUAAGCUACUAUUUCAAAGAUCAAAAAGUUUUACACACAUCUAAAUGUCUCUUAUCUGGUUGGUUGUCACCACAGCUAUGGGCGGGACUAGAGAAGGUCGCCUGAAAAAUUUGCCAAUUUGUGCUCAACCUAAUGUCAUUGAGAAGAUUUUUAGAGAGACGAUGGCAUGCAUGUCUUUACACUGAUUGUUCAUAUUUAAGGAAACACACAUGCAUAUUGUGCAGCAGAUAUGAUUAUUUUUCAAUGGCCUGUGACUUAUGAUUUAAUAUUAUCACAGUGAUCAGAGAGCGUUAUUUAGACAGCCUUGUUUAAAAGGAGACUCACUCUCCAGUGACUCAUAUCGCAGGACAUUUAGCUGCAUUUGACAUCCUGUCAAUAGGCUCAGUGAAGGCCAGAGAAGCUUCAGCACACAGAGGCCCAGAUAUCCUUUAAGUCCAAGUUCAUUUUAAGUCCUCAGUAAGGGUCAAGCUCCUACUUUUCCCAUAAUGCAACUCAAUAGCAUAUUUAACAGAACAACAAGUAUGUAUAUAUAAAGAGUUAUUAAAAAUUUUAUAAUAGUAUUUUUUUAGUGACUUUAUGUAACCUAUGUUCAGAAUACCAUCACAAUGAUCAGAUAUUCUAAUCUUGCCGGUCUUGCCGGUUCUUUCCGAUGAAGAUUUAUAGCUAUAAUUGAAACAAUUGUCCAUACCAGUAACUGAAAACAUUUAAUUAGUAAGUUAGAAAUAGCUGCUUGUCCUGUCAACGCCCUCCAACAUGCCCAGGUCUCCUUGAAUUCCUGCCAAUGUGUUGACAGCUGUGACCUUAAGUUACAAUAGCAAAUUAAACAUGCACUCCCAUGUUGUAUUGCCCUGUGAUGACAUUUGCUUCUGAGAGACAGAUAAAAAAAACACUAAACAUAUAUGCUGGUUCUACUUCCUGAUAUAAGUUGCUUUAAAAACCUUACAUUUGACUAUAAUGUAACGCCAUAGUAUCUUUUGUGGGACGCUUCCUUCAUAGUAAAUAACUGGUCUUUCAAACUCUGUGCCCCAAGUUUUCAGACUUUCUUUUCAAAAUUUGUAUUCUCCAAGUCAUUGAUCUCAAUUGAGUCUUUUAAAAAAAUAAAAAAAGACAUUGUACGGGCAUUGUUUCACAGGCUCCACAGAAUUUGUAAAUUGAGUUUAACAUGUACAAUUUGUGAAUCGGCCCUUUAUUUCUCAGGAUGGACUGUCCUAGAUUGCUGUAAUUCAAUUACACUACUAGGUGGCAGCAUUGGAGUGUCUGUUUUCUCUCUGAAAUUCCCUCUGGCUUUUACACUGUUGAGACCAAGAAUAUGACUCUGUUUUAAUAUGUCA